AUGUUUGCAGCCUGCCAGGCCUUUCCUGGAAGCGGCGAGGGGCCAGCCAGGAAGGAGAGGAGAGCCAUCAAUCAGACCCAGGGGAUUUUGGAAAUCUGUAUUACUCCCUUGGCGGCUGCAGAGCCGGCCGCGCCACCCGCGUCCCCUCACGCUGGCCUUCUCCAUCCCCGCUCAGGGGCCCCUGCUGACCACCCAGCCUGCCCACUUUGUCGCUCAAACGGGGCUCGGCCCCUUGGUCCACCCGGUAGCCCCGUGACUCGGCGAGGUCCUGACCGCUGUGUGGGAUGGCAUCUGCCCCGCGGGGUGAUCGCCAGGGCCGGAGGCGACGAGGAUGCACCAGAGGGCAGGUGUCACCAGGCACGAGCACGGCACUGCGGGGACUCGGGGUCCAUCUCCCUCGCCUCCAUCCCGGGGCAGGCCCUGGCCCCCGCCCACAGUGACGUGUGCUCAGCCUGGCCCUGGGCCACCCCAGCCACUCUGGCUGUCCCGGUCCCUGUCCCUGCUCCUGCCCCCGUGGGCUCUCCCUCCAGCCGCCACGCCCGCUGCUGUGACCCGAUGCGGCAGGAGCAGCCUGGCCUGAGCCGUUCCUCCCACCGCUUCCACGAGCACCCGGGGCGGACGACUGUCCUCUCUGCGGCCUGGCAUUCCGUCCGAGGAGGCGCCGCUGGUUCGUGGAGUGGGGCCCCAUUUGUCCCCCUCAUCCAACCCCCACCCUCGUCCCGGCUCCCUGGGGAAGACUGUGAAUUUAACUACUUCACGUACUGCCCACUGCUUGAAGGCUUCCUGGCUUUCCCACCACCUGCGAUGGGCAUGCCGCACCCGCAGCCGCAGCCGCACCCGCAGCCGCACCCGCAGCCGCACCCGCACCCGCAGCCGCACCCGCACCCGCAGCCGCACCCGCAGCCGCACCCGCACCCGCAGCCCCGCAGCCGCAGCCCUCCGAGGAAGCCCAUCGCGCUCUUCACACAGAGCCUUGCCGCACAGCGACGGCGAGACCCGCGGCCCCGGCCUCCCGAGGGCCCCUUCCCGGGCGGUCACUGCCCGCCGGCCUCGGUCCUCGCUGUCCUCCGUGAGCCCGCGGAGCCCGGUGGAGCGCCCGGGGGUCCCGCAGCUGCGGCUCCUCCUCUGCGCCCUGAGCACUGCGGGCGGGAGCGCACGUGGCACCUGACCCCCCCCCGUGCUCCCCGCCGUGGCACCCGAGCCCCCCCCCAGGCACCCGAGCCCCCCGCGGUGGCACCUGACCCGCCCCCGCCCCCGCCCCCGCCCCGCGGCCACCUGCUCGGCCGAGCAGCGCCACCACGCGUCCCGCAGACGCAACGCCCGCCCCCCGCGACCCUCCCCCGCGUCCGCCGCGGCUCCCCGGAGCCCGAGUUGGUCCCGAGCGACUCGCUGGAAGCACGACCGGGGGCGCCGAGACGCGACCAAGCUCGGGCCGGGCCGGGUGUCCGGGUGUCCGGGUGUGCUGCGGGCGCGGGUCGGGCCGGGUCGGGUCGGGCCGGGUGCGCGCUCCGGGGCUCGGCUGCGCUCCGCGGACAGAGGACGCCCCCGCCCGGCCCCCGCGGACUCUGCCCGGACGCGACGGCGGCUCCUGCGCACCAGGGCCCGCGGGCGGCCUCCGUCGGGGACCGGGGGGCGUCGAACCCGCGCCGCGAGCCCGUCAGUCCCGGGGGGGGGGAGCCCAGCGCGGAGCCGGCGGAGCCUGACCCCGGAGGAGGGCGGCGCGCCUGGGGCAGCCCCAGGGCCUCCGACGUGGCGGCCCGGACGGACCCUGGCCCCGACCCCACCGCGGACGCCCCGGACGCGGAGACGGGCCCAGCGUCGCGGCCCCAGGCCACGGCCCCUCCGCGUGAGCCUCCGACCCGUGGACGCCCCGCGCUGGCCGAGGCGCGCCCGGCUCCCGGCGUCUGUGCCCUCGGCCGCCACGGGGACACCGAGCACGAACACGGACAUUCUCGGGGACCCCGUGCGCGGAGGCCGCUCGGCACCUCCCGCCUCGGGGGGCCGCCCACGAGCCCCUCCUGCAGCGCCGCGGCCGCCCUGUCUCCGCUGAAACCAGGCACCGGAGUCUUCGGGGCCUAA